UGUGUGAGAGAUGCUUGGAUGCGAUGCGCGUGUGUGGACGCGUUUGAGAGUUGUGGGAGGUCGGGCGGCUUUUUUUGUGUUUUUAAUUAAUUGCUGCUCAUAGGGGUCCAUCAUAAUGGCUGCUGUGACCAUGCAAAGUUUUGGAACAGUAGAAGUAUUUUCGAGUUUGACAGCGUACGACCUUCUCGAUGUAGAGCCCGUCGGCGCGCAGUACAAGAAGUUUUGUUUGGCACGUGUGAAUUCUCACAGUCUUGGGAUCGAAGCUGAUUCAGAGGAGCAAGAAGAGGAUUCAGCAGUUGAGGUGGUUAUCGAGGAUGAUAUUACCUUUCUUCGCACCCUCUGCCCUAAGGAGUGGAAGAAACAAGAUCACUACAAGGUUCUUGGUCUUUCAAAGCUGCGGUACAAGGCCACUGAGGAUGACAUCAAAAAAGCGUACCGUCAGAAGGUGUUGAGGCAUCACCCAGACAAGCGUAGGGGUGCAGGGGAAGAGAUCAGAGAUGAAGAUGAUUACUUCACUUGCAUCACUCGUGCCUAUGAAACUCUGGGAGUUCCAGCAAAGAGAAUCAGCUAUGACUCAGUCGAUCCACUUUUUGAUGAGGAAAUCCCUGAUGGCAAAGUCAGUAAAGAGAAGUUUUUCAAGGUGUACCGUCCAGUGUUUGAGCGAAAUGCACGCUGGUCCACUCGACGUCCAGUACCAGAGCUUGGAAAUUCUAAAUCCUCACGAGAUGAUGUUGAACAUUUCUAUAGCUUCUGGUAUGACUUUGACUCGUGGCGUGAGUUCAGUUACCUGGAUGAGGAAGAGAAGGAGAAAGGUGAAAACCGUGAUGAGCGUCGCUUCAUUGAACGGCAGAACAAGGCGGCCCGGAAGGAUAGGAAGAAAGCUGAGACAGCACGCUUGCGGCAACUGGUUGACAAUGCCUAUGCAGCUGACCCACGGAUUCAGAGGUUCAAGGAGGAGGACCGUGAUAAGAAGGCUGCUCAGAAACAGCGUAAGCAGGAAGAGCGGCAGCGCCGUCUCGAGGAAGAGGAAAGGGCACUGAAGCUGGCCGAGGAGGAGGCUCAGCGUCGCCGGGAGGCGGAGGAAGCAGCGCGGCGCGAGGAACAGGAAACGGCGCGCCGUCAGAAGGAGGCAGCGCGACAGGCACUCGCUCGCGGCCGGCAAGCACUACGCCAGUUGUGCGCUGAGAAGGACUACUUCGCCGAAUCCGACGCCGAGCGUGCCGACCACAUGAUGGAACUGGAGCGCAUGUGUACCGUACUGGACGCACUCAGACUGGACCAACUUAACGAACAGCUCUCCCAACCAACUGGCGGUCGUGAGCGCUUCCUGGAAGAGGUCGACCACGUCAAGAAACAGGUGGAACAAGAGAGAAUCUCUGGCGACACGGUGGCCACCAAGACGACUGCCAAUGGCGGUAAAGCCAAAACAAAGGCCUGGUCGCACGAUGAGCUUCAGAUGCUGAUAAAGGCCGUCAAACUGUUUCCGGCCGGAACGAAUCAGCGGUGGGAGGUGAUCGCCAGCUUCAUCAACCAGCACGUGUCCGGCUCCAAAAGGACCGCCAAGGAAGUGCUGGCUCAUGCCAAAGACUUGCAGAAGUCAGACCAGAAGCUCAAACAGUCUGCCAACCAGAACGCGUAUGAGAACUUCGAAAAGAGCACGAAGGCUGCGGGCAAGAUCGACGAUACUGGAAUCUCCGAACGUACCGAGACUCCGCUGGAUCAGCAGGGCAGUAACCAAGCGCCCUGGACUCCAGAGGAGCAGAAACGGCUGGAGCAGGCGCUCAAGACGUACGGUCCUCAGACCAAGGACCGUUGGGAUCGCAUAGCGGAGUGUCUGCCCAAUCGCACUAGGAAGGACUGUAUGCGGCGCUACAAGGAGCUCGUGGAGCUGAUCAAAGCGAAAAAGGCGGCUCAGGCGGCUGUGUCCGACAAAGCGUAGUUGUCCCCGCUACCCAUGUUCAACAUAGGAUGAUGAUUCGGAUCAUUGCCCCCUAUCCCUGCCAGUGGCAAAGAUGAGGCUGAUGUACAUGCGUUGAUUGCCAACUUUGUGUUAGUCAUCUGGUUCGGAAUGCCGGUGCCUCAUUUGCUAUUUGUCCUUUGGCUAAGUCCAGAAAAGGUGUCAUGAAACGUGAUUGUGUACUUCAUUCUACUUAUGUAGAAUUUCUGGUAUUAUGCAUUCAAUAAUACUUUUGAAGAUUU